AUGUCACAAGACAGCUUUCAAAAUCCCAUCCAGGAAUUGCCCAUAGAAAAGAGUCCCCCCAGAACUCACAACCACGAGCGAGCAAUCCACACAAUCCACAUCCCCGAGUCCAUCCGCCAAGCCGGACUCGCAACCAACGAACUCAUAUUAGAAGCAAUUGCCUUCCUCCAUUGCGAUGGGAUCGUUGUCCUCGAGAACGCGAUCGACACAGCCCACCUUGACACCCUGAACGCCAUCCUCUCGGCUAUAGCAACUGAUCCGUUUCACUACUUCAACUUCGGCAAAGAGACGCAAAAUAUGGAUCAAGCUCCGCCUCCAACUCGCGAACUGAUGUUUAAAGAUGUGUGGUGUAAUCCAUUCGCUGCAGCGAUUCUUUCUGGGAUGCUUGGUCCGAGACCAGUGCUUCAUUACGCGAAUGGGAACACAGCGCUAAGGGCCACGGGAAGACAGCCGGUACAUUCUGAUUGCGAGUUUAAACACCCCAUGUUCCCAUUCGCUAUGGUUAUCAAUAUCAACUUGGUGGAUACGAGUCUUGAGAAUGGGGCAACAGAGGUCUGGGUUGGCAGUCAUCAUGUUAGUACUGUUGAUGAACACGAGCCUGGGUUGCUGCAUAUCAAGAAAGAGGUUGUUGAGGAGAGGAGGAAACAUUCUCCACCUAUUCAAGCCUGUACAAAAAAAGGUAGUCUGGUGAUCAGGGAUUUGAGGUUUUGGCAUGCGGGAAUGCCUAAUAAGACUGACGAGCCGAGGGUGAUGCUUGCGUUCGUGGUUCAGCCUGCAUGGUUCCAGGGAAGAUCCAAGGUCAAGUUGCCGCUUGAUGUCAAGGAUAUGGUUGAGAGUUGGGAGUUGGAAUUUAAUGCUGAGUGGGUUAGUGAGGUGGAUCAUAAGAAGAUUUCAUCUGCGGAUGUUGAUUUUGGUUCGAAGAGUGAGGUGCUAGAGAAGUACCGCGAGAAGCUGGCUCAUAAUCCUGGGUACUAUGUGAGCUCGUAUUAA